AUGGUGCAGAACUGGUGCAAGGCAAACUUUCCCGACUUCAUCAGCUUUGACGAGUGGCCGGGCAACUUUUCGGGUUUGAUUGCGAUAGAAUACAGUGUCUGGUCGAUUUUGGAAGCGAAACGUUGCUCGAAACCUCACCAAUCUGUGGAUUAUCUAAAGAAACCUCUCCAGAGGGAAUGGGACGAGCUCAACGCGCCAUUCUUGCGUGUCACAGUCGAUGCCUUCUCGAACCGCCUCAAGGCCUGUAUCCAUACCAAUGGAGGUAUUCUCAAAAUUAAAAUGUUCCUUUUGAUUUACAAUAAAGCAAUAAAUGUUGAUACAUAG